UGUUUUUUUAUCCGUUCUACAAACCGAUCCGAACCGCGCGAUCUUUUGGGACGUUAUGUAACCUAAACGACGCGUUUUUAAGAGAAAUAACACAAGCAAAUUUCAUUUCGAAUUCGUCUUUCCCCCGCCCGAGUCAUUUGCCCUCUUCUCCCCUCCCCAAAUCUCCUCUUCCGACGGCGUCUGUGGUUUCCUUCACCGGAAAACUCGUCUCUAUCUCUCACUCACAAACGCAUUGAAACAGGGACGGGCUAACUGACGCGUGGGUCUCAGGCACAGCUUUGGAACAUGGUAUUACACUUUGGUUGCGCGUGGGUCUCUGUAUGCAAGUUGCCUGCCUUUCUGCAAAUAGAGAAGUAUACUUGCUUAAUUGCAUCUAUUAAAGCCCAUAUAAAGCUGGUUUGUGAAGGGAUCUGGGAGCUACUUCAACUUCCCACAGAUAGUUUAAAUAGCCUGAUGGGCAAAGGGGAUGAUGGAAGGCCACCCAGGCCUACUACAUCGAUGUCAUUGAUCCAGGGAUAUUACGGUCCCGUAAAUCCAUACUACCCACCAUUUAUGAUGCCUCCAAAUAUAUAUCCAAAUCCAUAUCCGUACCCUUGGGGUAGCCAGCAUUCAUCGAUGCCACCUCUUGGACCAACUCUACCUUACCAUUCGUUGAAUAAUCCCAAGGAGUUAAGAAAAUUGCAAGAGACUGGCCAGCAUCCGUUGAUGCUACCUCUUGGACCGACUCUACCCUACCCUUCGUUGAUACCACCUCUUGGACCAACUUUACCCUACCCUCCAUUGAGUAAUCCGGAAGAGUUAAAAAGAUCUCAAGAGACUAGCCAGCAUCCGUCAAUGCCGCCUCUUAGACCAACUCUACCCUACCCUUCAUUGAGUAAUCCGGAGGAGUUGAAAAGAUUUCAAGAGACUAGCCAGCAUCUGUCGGUGCCACCUCUUGGACCAACUCUACCCUACCCUUUGUUGAGUAAUCCAGAGAAGUUAAAAAGGUUUCAAGAGACUAGUCAGCAUCCAUUGAUGCCACCUCUUGGACCAACUAUACCCUAUCCUUUGUCGAGUAAUCCAGACAAGUUCAAAAGAUUUCAAGAGACUAACAAGCAUCCGUCGGUGCCACCUGUUGGAACAACUUUGCCAUACCAUUCAUCGAGUAAUUCGGAAACGUUCAGAGGAUCUGAAGAGACCACACAAAGCGUAAGUGAUUCGUCCACCAUGCCUAAUGGUGUAGAAAGUGAAACAGAUGUUGGAGGUACAUCACACGCAAGUGAUCAAAGCUAUGAUAUUAAUAGCGAGGAUAAAGAAACAACAUCCGAGGUACUUAAAGAGUUAGAGGGGACUAAUGAUGUAUCUGAUGAGGAUGAACAAGUUGAAAUACCAAAAUCUGGUAUGAAGCUUGCCACUGAGAAAGUGCUUUUGCCUUAUUACAAACAAUAUGCCAAGCAAGCAGAUAAAGGAGGCGGCGAAACAUUUAGUGACUACGUUGAUUGUCGGAACUUUAUAGACAAAGUCGGACACUUAAGGCUUAGAAAAGGAGGUGUCAAAGCACUUAAUGACUACUUUGAUAGAAUGAGGGAGAUGGAUGAUGGUUUUACUUUUGUUAUGGAUGUGAAUGACGAGUUCAAACUAAAUAAUGUGUUUUGAGCUGACACAUGUAGUCGAGCAACAUAUGAGUAUUUUGGAGAUGUUAUCACUUUCGAUAUGACGUACCUAACAAAUAGGUACGGUAUGCCUUUUGUUCUCUUUGUGGGUGUAAACCAUCAUGGACAAUCUAUAUUGUUAGGGACUAGCUUGAUUUCAAGUGAGGACACAAGUACAUUUGUCUGGUUGUUUCGAGCAUGGUUAACGUGCAUGAAUGGUCGAGCUCCCAAAGCUAUUAUAACAAAUCAAGAUCAGGCAAUGAAGAGUGCUAUUUCUACUGUAUUUCCAAAUACUCGCCACACAUAUUGUCUCUGGCAUGUCAU